GCGCCGGCGGAGAGGCGGAGAUUCCCUGCCUGGCGCGUCUGCUGGGUGAGGAUGAAUAGUCGCUUGCAGGAGAUCAGAGAGCGGCAGAAAUUGCGCCGGCAGCUCUUGGCCCAGCAGUUGGGGGCUGAAAGUGCUGAUAGUAUCGGUGCAGUAUUGAAUAGUAAGGAUGAGCAGAGAGAAAUUGCUGAAACAAGGGAAACAUGCAGGGCUGCUUAUGAUACAUCUGCGCCAAAUGCCAGACGCAAAUUUCCAGAUGAGGGAGAGGCUGACGAAGAAGAAAUAGAAGAAUAUAAGGAUGAAGUAGAGCUGCAGCAAGAUGAUGAGAAUCUUCCAUAUGAAGAAGAAAUUUACAAAGAUUCCAGUACUUUUCUUAAGGGCACCCAGAGCUUAAAUCCUCACAAUGAUUACUGCCAACACUUUGUGGAUACUGGACACAGGCCUCAAAACUUCAUCAGAGAUGUGGGCUUAGCAGACAGGUUUGAAGAAUAUCCAAAGCUUCGGGAGCUUAUCAGGCUGAAGGAUGAGCUAAUAUCUAAAUCCAACACUCCCCCUAUGUAUCUACAAGCUGACCUAGAGGCUUUUGAUCUCCGUGAACUCAAGUCCAAGUUUGAUGUGAUUCUUUUGGAACCGCCACUAGAAGAAUACUACAGGGAGACUGGUAUUACAGCUAAUGAGAAGUGCUGGACUUGGGAUGAUAUUAUGAAACUAGACAUUGAAGAAAUUGCUGCCCCACGAUCGUUUGUCUUUCUUUGGUGUGGUUCUGGGGAAGGCCUGGAUCUUGGCAGAGUGUGUUUGCGCAAAUGGGGUUAUCGAAGAUGUGAAGAUAUCUGCUGGAUUAAAACCAAUAAAAACAAUCCUGGGAAGACAAAGACUCUGGACCCUAAGGCUGUCUUUCAAAGAACAAAGGAACACUGCCUCAUGGGCAUUAAAGGAACAGUCCGCCGUAGUACAGAUGGGGACUUUAUCCAUGCUAAUGUUGAUAUUGACUUAAUUAUUACAGAAGAGCCAGAAAUUGGCAACAUAGAGAAACCUGUGGAAAUAUUUCACAUCAUUGAACAUUUUUGUCUUGGAAGAAGACGGCUUCAUCUCUUUGGCCGAGACAGUACAAUUCGACCAGGCUGGCUAACUGUGGGACCCACACUCACGAACAGUAAUUUCAAUGCAGAAACCUACACAUCCUACUUCACAGCUCCAAAUUCCCACCUCACUGGAUGUACAGAAGAAAUUGAGAGACUUCGACCUAAAUCACCACCACCGAAAGAUCGAGGGGGUGGAGCACCAAGGGGUGGAGGAAGAGGUGGAACUUCAGCUGGCCGUGGAGAAAGAGGCAGAGAGAGAAAUAGAACUAAUUUCCGGGGGGAUAGGGGAGGGUUUCGGGGAGGGCGGGGGGGUACUCAUCGGGGAGGCUUCCCUCCUCGCUGAAUGCAUCCAAGUCUUAUUUUUGCCUUUCCUUAAUUCCACAAUGUCCCCCUUUCUAAAGUAUUAGCUCUGCUGUUUUACUUAUUAGCCGUUUACUUCCAUUUUUUAUAGUGCAUGUUGUGUGAACCAACCCCCAGAUAUAGUGCGUCUUUUUCCUUGACAAACAAUAUCCUCUUCACUAAGGUUAAAGUCAAAACAGAGGCACAUUGAGAUUGUUUCACGGGACUUGAAGUUUCAUCUGCUUGGCACUUUUCCUUAAAACAUAGCAAAACAAAACAUAGAAUACUUCUCAUACACACUGAAUAAAAUUUUCUACUUGUCCUUUUAAACAUUUCUUCACAGGCCUAAAGAAAUGCAAAUGUUUCCUGUUGCAAUAAUAGAAAAUAGGUGCUGGUGAUAAAGAAACGAUGAUUAUUUUGACAUUUCAUCAACUUAAGACUAGUUUAUAAUAUUAAUUAUUUUUGUUCAUUUGUAAAAGGUGGCUGAUCUUGAGAAUGUAAUAGUUCAUAGAUAGCACAAAGAUGCUAUUAUCAAUAUUUUGUUCACACCUGACAUCUGCAUAACACUGUAUACUGUCCAAAUAGCGUACAGGUGGGCAACACAUAUGCCUCUUCUCAAUUUCACCAGUGCUGAAAUUAUUCUACUUGCAGCAAUCACAAUAAUUUUUCAGGUAAAGUGCACAGUGACAGUGUAUCUUAUUUAUAGGCAGAAUAAUUGUUUCUGGAUGUUGAUUUCUGCUUGGAAAUGAAAUACACUUAUCCCACAUGCCUGGUUUUCUUGUGAAAUGGUCACAAUUUUCACUGCUAUCACAGUGAAUUCAGAAGCAAUGGAGUAUGGCCUCCAGGGGGUUUUGGUGAGGGCAGCGUGGUCCCUUGGUGCAUGGCACUGGCAUAGUACAUUUCAGCUGUUCUUCAAAUUGCAAAAUUAUUGUGUCUCCUUAAAAGAAAAAAAAGCUGAAUGCUUGAUUAAUACCCAUCACAACUUACCAUGUUCACUGAAUUAAAAAAAAGUUCAGUUUAUUUCAAAAAGGCUCAAACAGAUUUUUAUAUUAAUAUAUUUCCUUAAACAUAAGCACCAUUGAGCUUAGAGAAAUUCGAGUAUAUGUUUAACCAUUAAUGCCAUUGUGAUUUAGAAAUGCCCAACUUUGUCUGAAUUGUGCUGUAAAUAUAGUGAUAGCCAAAAGAAUGCAAGAAAAUUAUUUGUAGAAUGCUGCUUGUAAAGACAAACAUGUUCAUUGUUAGAGCAGCCAGAAGCACUGUUCCAUAUGUAAAUACUAGGGAGAAGCGUGGCUUGUUUUUGCUUUAGUUUGAAUUUUGUUUUUCUUAAAAGAGCUGUUUGUGAAUUGGUUAUAUACAGUGAUAUCCACUCAAAUGUUGGCCAUUCUAGUCUGGUGAACUCUGACAAGGAAAUCUUAAGUACUGAACUUCAGCUCAGAAUCUUUUGUACUUUGGUUCCUAGAUGCCAGCUUUUAAAUAUCCUUUUUAAGUGAAAACAAUGGAAUUUAUUUUACUAUUUUUGAUAAACAUUAUUUUAUUGGAGAUCUGCCUUUAUUUAAAUGUAGAUAGAGUACUUGCUUAAUAACCAGAUUCCUGCUUAUCAAUUUCCGCCUUUACAGUUAGGGUGUCAUCUUGUGCUCUCUGAUAGCCAUAGGAACAUUUGGAGCCCCAGCUUUGCUCUAGGGAAAGUGCUCUGAAUUUAGAGUGCUCUCCCUCUGCCCUUGCAGUUAGCAUGGUUCUUUUUGUGCUGACUAUACCUCUGAGUCACAAGUGUGGCUUUGGAGCUGGCACUGCCGGGAGGGUUCCUGGGGACAGGAGGAACAAGGUGCUAUUGGGGUGUAAGGAAUCCCAGUGGUGCCUUGUCUCUUUUCCUGACUAGUAGGGACAAAACUGAAAUGGCCAAAAUCAGCCAAAUAUUUUGGACAGCAUGGAACACAGCACCUCCAUGCUCUUCUCGCUUUUCUAUGCCUGUAAUCCUCUGAACAUGCAGAGAGAUGGGCAGCCAUGUCAGAAACAAUUUAUAUGCUCAAAAUUUGAGCUUUAUGAACUAAUGGUUACUGUUCAUAUAUCAUCAGCCUUUUUGUUUCUGUAUUUCUGUAAACAUGAUUGUGAGAGGAAAUAAAUUACCUCAGCUUCUUUGCUCUUC